AUGUUGGAGGAUGGCUUAGGGAACAGCCAGCAGGCAACUGUUCAAUCGGUUGCCCAAGAGUUUGAGGUUGGGAGCGAGAAGAUACAGGAGAUAACGAAGUACUUUGUGAAGCAGAUAAAAAAUGGUUUGAAAGACAAGCAUGCUUAUCAGAUACCGUCUUUCGUCACUCAUAUUCCAAGUGGCCGAGAGAAGGGCCUUUUUCUUGCAGUCGACCUUGGCGGUACGAAUUGUCGCGUGUGCGCUGUUACACUUCAUGGCGACUCGACUUUUGAUGUGUUUCAGAAGAAGCACCUCGUCCCUCAUGAUAUCCGAGUACACUCAAGUCACAAACCUCUGUUCAAUUUCAUCGCCCUGAACAUCAAAGAUCUCCUUCGUGAGCAUAAUAGUAUUGGGGGCGAUGAGACUCCAGAGGCCUCCUUCAAUCUUGGCUUCACGUUCAGCUUCACUUGUGAACAGACUUCCAUUUCUAGCGGUACCCUCGUCCACUGGGACAAAGGAUGGGACAUUCCAAGCACUCUGGGUCAAGAUCCUUGCGCACUACUACAGGAAGCGAUUGACGACAUCUCAUUACCAGUGCGAGUUUGCGUUCUGGCCAACGAUGCAGUCGGAACGCUACUUACAAGAGCAUAUACCUCGAAAACAAAGAACUCUACCCUGGCAUCUAUAAUCCUCGGGACUGGCACAAAUGCUGCGUACAUUGAGCGCUUGCCAAACAUCCAGAGACUCGAUACAACGGCCGAUCACGCACAACACUCCAUUCGUCACGGGAUCAUGGUGAUCAAUACAGAAUGGGGAUCAUGGGACGACGGGCUGAAGGUUCUUCCUCAAACACUGUUCGACAAACUCGUUGACGAGUCUUCUUCAGAUCCUGGGUGUGGUCUUCUUGAGAAGAUGGUAUCCGGCAUGUAUCUUGGGGAGCUACUGCGCUUAUCGCUCUUGGACCUGAUGCGUAACAAUGCAUUAGACAUGUCAUUCCCGGACGGAAGCCCAGUUUAUAUACAGAUGGGAGUUGACAGCGCAUUUCUGUCCAAGAUCGCAGACUCAACACAAGAGAAUUCGCUGUCAUAUAUCACCGACACCCUAGCAGCAACAGGUGUGACAUCAAGGGACUUGCAAACUAUCCAGAUGCUGGCUACUGUUAUCGUGAAGCGAUCUGCUCGAUUAGUAGGCGCUGGUCUUGCUGCAAUCCUCAUACAGUCUGGCAGGCUUCAUACUUCAGGCAUAUCUCGGAAGACGGGCCUGGGGGCUCAUACACAUCAAAUACACGAGAAGUCGACAUCAUCACAGACCGAAAACCGGUGGAACGCCUUCACACGAUUUAUGCGACGCCUGUUUGGCUGCAUACGCCCGGUGGCACCUUUGGCAACAUCGACAAGUGGAUCGUCAUAUGACUCAAAAGACACGCUCGAGUCUUCGGAACUGGCAGAUGAGGUGAUUGAUAUUGCGGUCGAUGGCUCACUAUUUGAGUUCCAUGCAGCUUUCGAGAGCUUCAUGCGGACUUCUCUGCGUGACGUUGAAGCAGUUGGGGAGGCCAAUGAGGCGAGGAUAAAAAUAGAGCUUACAAGAGAUGGUUCUGGGACUGGUGCGGCAUUGAUAGCUGCAGCUGCGGCGUAG